AUGGUGCAACGCAAGCGGAGUAAGCGUGGGAAGAAGGGCACGGCCGCGCCGCGUGAGUCGACGCCGAUAUGCGAGGCGCAGGCUCACGAUGUGCCGUCGCCUGCGCCACGCCCUGCCGAGGCGGGUCAGGCGGCGAAGGCGGAGCCUACCGAUGUGGCUCCGAACGAGGCCGAUGCCGACGUUUCCGACGUCAACGAGCCUGCGGCCGAGGAUGCGCCGCAUGCUGCGGGUGCGCAUAACCCCUCUUCGGACGAGCGGUCUUUAUCACAGGAGCACACAGCGUCCGACUCGCACCCUGCUUCUGAUUCACACGAUGCGCCCGACUCGUACCGAGCGGCGGACCCUAUGCUCUCUGAAACGCAUUCCGAAUUGCGCGGCGCACCGUCCGAUACGAACGACACACGCUCGGAAUCGAUACCGUCGGACCUCUCCGAUUCCUUUGACGAGGAGCCCAUGUACAACAUCACCUCGAUUGGAUGGAGUGCCAAGGAUAUCUUCUCGAAAGACUCGCUCAGCGCUGUCGCCGUGUCGCAGGACCAUAUUGCGAUCGGGAUGUAUUCUGGCAUGAUCUAUGUCCUGAACAAGGACGGCCUUCUCCAAAAAGGCUUCCAGUUCCAUACCGCCGCGGUCCACCGCCUGGUCUUUGACACGACCGGCACGUUUGUCGGCAGCGCCGGCAUGGACGGCCUUGUGGCCAUUGCGUCGCUGCAGACCUCUGAGCAGUACCGCUUUGACUUUAAGCGGCCCGUCCAGACGCUCGCACUCGAGCCGCAGUUCGGCCAGCGCUCCUCGCGUGCGUUCGUAUGCGGCGGCAUGAGCGGUGCGCUGAUCCACCGCGAAAAGCGCUGGUUCGGCCACAAGGAGACCGUGCUGCAUUCAGGUGAAGGGCCGAUCUGGGCCGUGGCGUGGCACGGCCGCUGGAUUGCGUGGGCGAACGAGCGGGGCGUGCGUAUUCUCGACGCACAGACGCACGAGCUCAUCACUUUUAUUCCCGCGCCGGAGCCGAGCGUGCGCUGCGAACUGGCGCGGUGCACGCUCGUAUGGCGCGCGAGCGCGACGCUGCUCAUUGCGCAAGGGCAGCGCAUCACGGUGGCGCAUGUAAAUACGCGCGACGCGCCUGCAGAGAUGAUGCAGAACGUAUCGGGCCUGUCGACGCUCGUGCCCGGCCUGAGCUCGACCUCGCCGUCGUUCUACGUCGAGAUCACCGACAUCUUUCAGCUCGACUCGCUCGUCGCCGGGCUUGCGCUGGACGGCGAGCACCUCGUGGCGCUUGCGUACCUCGCGCACGAGGACGAUCUCGAGCGGCUGCACGAUGAGAGCGUCGCGACCGCCAUGCUGCAUCCGCCUGACGUGCCCGAGCUGCGCACGAUCAACCGCCACGGCGAAGAGGUCGGCAGCGACGUGCUGAGCGUGCUGGACUCGGCGCGGCUGCGCUGCAACGACUACCACCUGUGCCCGGUCGUGGAAGAGCGGCAGAAUCCGGUGCGCAGACGCAAAGAGCCGCACACGGUGCUUUACCUCGCGACGCCGUCGCAGCUGUUCGUCGCGCGCCCGCGCACCGAGCGCGAUCAUAUCGACUGGCUCUUGGAGCGCCGCGAAUACCGCGAGGCGCUCGAGAGGCUCGAGGCGCUCGGCAGCGAAGGCGCACACGCGCUCGGCUUUGAUACGAGCGCGAUUGGGCGCGAGUACCUCUUGUACCUCGUUGACGAGUGCGACGACUACCGCGGCGCCGCGGCGCUCUUCCCACUGCUCCUGCGCACGGACGCGAAUGCGUGGGAGGAAAUGGUCUUUUUGUACCUCGAGCGCAACCAGCUUGCGGCGGUCCUUCCUGAAAUUCCGACGCAGGACCCCGAGCUGAGCGAGGUCGCGUACGAUAUGGUGCUGGUGCACCUUCUGCAUACCGACGAAGCCAAGCUGUUGGAUACGCUGCGGAAGUGGCCUGCGCAUUUGUACUCGCGCCAGGCGGUCGUUGCUGCGAUCCACGACCGCCCGACGUCGUCUGCGACGCUGCUUGCGUGCCUGGCCGAGCUGUACCUCGCCGGCCGGCAGCCCGGCAAGGCACUGUCGUACCUUGUGCAGCUGCGCGAUCCGGCGGUAUUCGACCUGAUCCGCGAGCACAAUCUCUUUACCGACGUGCAGGACAAGCUCGGUUCGCUGGUCGAGCUGGACCAGGACCUUGCCGGGACGCCGCGCCCCGAGGCGAGUGUCGUCGCGCCGCUCCUUGUCGACCAUCUGCACUCGAUCCCCAUCGACCGCGCAAUGCCGCAGUUGAAGCCGUACCCGUGGUACCAGUACCUCUACCUGAACGCGCUCUUUGAGCGCGAUCCCCAGCUGAUCACGCACUAUGCUAACCUCUUGGUGAGCCUGUACGCGGAAUACCACUAUGCCAAGCUCAUGCCGUUCCUACGCACGAUGAGCUACGUCUACUCGUUCGAGAAAGCGUACCGCAUUUGUGAGAAGCACGACUAUGUCCCGGAAAUGGUCUUUUUGCUGGGCCGUACCGGCGACGUGCGCGGCGCGCUGAACCUCAUCAUCGAGCGCCUGCACGACGUGACCAUGGCCGUCGACUUUGUAAAGCAGCAGGACGACGACGAGCUCUGGGACCGCCUGCUCCUCUACUCGCAGGACAAGCCCGCGUUUAUCCGCGGCCUCCUCGAGCACGUCGGCGGCGAAAUCGACCCGGUGCGCAUCAUCCGGCCCAUCCGCGAGGGACUCGCGAUCGAGGGACUGAAGCCCGCCGUGAUCAAGAUCCUGCACACGAUCCACCUGCAGCACUCGCUUUUGCAGGGAUGCAGCCAAGUCCAAACACAGGCCGCGCGCGACCUCUCCGUGCAGCACCAGGAUGCCCUGCGUGCUGCGCGGUACUGCGAUGCGAAUACAAAAUGCGUCGUGUGCGACGAACCGAUGCUCCACGGCGCACAGCCCGUCGUGCUCUUCUUUUGCUGGCACUCGGCGCACCUCGCAUGCGUUGCGCCGCAGGCCGUGCGCCGUGCGCCGGCCCUGCCAUUUGCAUCGGCGCUCGAGACGACCACCGCCGCGGACGCACGCGAGAGCGAGGCGUGGCUCAGCGAGGACCCGUCCGAAGACGCCCCGCUGCAGCUCGCCGCAGGGCAACAACAGCCGUUCGCAGCGACGAUCGCCGCACAGAGCCGCGCACGCGCACAGCGCCACGCCAUGUUCCGUGCAAAGCAGCUGUCUCUGCUGCCGUUUGCACGCACAGGGUGCCCAGUGUGUGCGGAAAAUAGAGCGUACUGUUUAGAGGCGUAG